UUUUCACUCGGCACAUUUGUGGACUUGAUCAUUACUCUUCUGCAUCUUACAAUGGAGGAAACCUAUGUCAGGCAUGUGGAGUUUCUGGGCUUUGAGAAACGCUUCUUYCCCAGUCAGCACUAUGUCUACAUGCUGAUGGUGAAAUGGAACAACCUGUCUGAGAAGUUGAUCUAUAGAGGGUAUCCGGAGAUCUACACAUUUCAUAAAUCCCUAAAGGAGAUGUUCCCAAUUGAGGCUGGUGACAUCGAUAAGAAAGACAGGAUCAUCCCUGCAUUACCAGCGCCAAAAUGGUUGGACAGCCAAAAGAGCACCGAGACCAGGCAGAGCACUCUGGCUGAAUACUGUCACUCUCUCAUCAACCUGCCCCCCAAGAUAUCACGCUGCCAGCUGGUAUGCAACUUCUUCAAGGUCCGACCGGAGGACGAGAACCCACCUGCUCAACAGCCAUUCAAAAGAAAUGAGACCAUUGUGAUGUCCACGGACAACGCCAGAGGCAGCACUUCUGAAAUCUCUGGCCCCAUCAUAUUGGAAAGCUACAGGGUGAUCUCUGACUACAGCAAGACCUCCAAGUAUGAGAUCAACCUUCUUACUGGAGACUUAGUGGAGAUUGUGGAGAAAAGUCCAAACGGUUGGUGGUUCUGCCAGUGUGAUACCAAGCGGGGCUGGGUGCCCGCCUCUUACCUGGAGCCCCUUGAUGGACCAGAGGAGCCUGAAGAAGCUGAUCCCAACUAUGCAGGAGAACUCUAUAUCACCACCAAAGCCUACAAUGCAGCACAAGAUGAUGAGCUAACUCUGGAGACUGGGGAAACUAUUGAGGUCAUUCACAAGCUGCUGGAUGGAUGGUGGGUGGUCAGGAAAGGAGAGGAGACAGGACACUUCCCCUCCAUGUUUCUCCACAAAACUGGAGAGAAGAAGGAGAUGGAGGAGAACGUGAUUASAAGACAGACACCACCACCCAGACGGUCUACAAUCCGCAAUGCCCAGAGUAUUCACGGUAAAGGGCGCAAGGGCAUCAGCCAGAACACGUACCGCAGGAACAGUCGCCGCUUCCUGCUGCAGAAAGGCGACUGGCCCAAUCAGCCCAGGAAGACCUCUAAUGAUGCCAGACAGUCUCCCCUGCAGGAGAGGAAGAACGGAGACAACCUCCCAAAGCCAGCAGGCUCUAGUCCAGGGGGCGAGCUGAAGAAAGGGGCUCCCCUCAUCCCCCCUCGGCCCAGUCCUGAACUCAUCAUGGAGCGCUGCACGGAGAACACCUGCAAAAAAGUCAGCGUCCGCAAGUCGAACUGAGCUUUAAACUUUGUGUCAGUAAUGCAAUGCAAGGAAAGAUGGGUUAAUGUGUGCAAUACAAACUGAUCAGCAGAUAAAGCCAACCAUGUGUACCAUAGAGGGCACUUUGCAUUUUGUUCUAAAUGUAACCACUUAGGACUAACUAACUGCUUGGAGAAAGUAAAACAAUAGUGAAAUGUAAAUGUACACUCCUCUACAUAUUUAUUUGGACAUUAAAGCAAAAACAUUUAAUUUGGCUAUAGAAAUAUG